CGAAAAGAUGAAUAUUAAAAACACAAAAACCAAAGAGUAGCAGAUUGGAAAUGCAGUGCACCACCACCACCUAUGUGGCUCCCUUACCCAGUUGUCCCAUGCCAUCUUCUCUCCACUCCCAUCUCCAUCGUUCACAUCUCAGAAUCGUAAAAUCGACCUGCUUGUACUCUUCACAGCACCAAACACACUCCAAAAACAUAUGCUCCCUCACUCUUCACACUACAAGCAACUGUAAAAGAAACGGCAAGGAGCAAAAAAAUUCCCAAACUAACAAUAAUAAAGGCUACCCUGACCCAGAUCAGAACCUGUCAGUUUUUGACCGAUUUCAAUGUUCUUUAGACAAUAACACCAACGCUAACCAAAACCCAGAAACCGAAAACCAAGAAAUUGAAGAAACAGGAGACACCGAAACUGGUAAUCAGAGAAGGCUUUUAUCAAACACGUGGUGGACGGAUUUGAGAGCUGCAUUAGGCCAAAGAAUUAACGUUGAAGGCAUUGUUUCUUCGGCUUCCGUGUUUGUCAAGGACCGGCAUUUGGCUCUGCCUCAUGUUGUAGUGCCUGACAUAAGGUACAUUGAUUGGGGAGGGUUGCAAGCGAGAGGCUUUAAAGGUGUGGUGUUUGAUAAGGAUAACACUAUUACUGUGCCCUACUCUUUGACCCUUUGGGGCCCUCUUGGUCCGUCCAUUGAGAGGUGUAAAUCUGUUUUUGGGAAUGAUAUUGCUGUGUUCAGUAACUCUGCUGGUCUCUUUGAGUAUGAUCAUGAUGGCUCAAAAGCCAGGGCACUUGAGAAGGCAAUUGGAAUUAAAGUAAUAAGGCACAGGGUAAAGAAACCUGCUGGAACAUCUGAAGAAAUUGAAAAGCACUUUGGCUGUAAAUCCUCAAGACUUAUAAUGGUGGGUGAUCGGCCUUUCACAGAUAUUGUUUAUGGAAAUCGAAAUGGCUUUUUGACAGUAUUAACGAAGCCACUGAGUCUUGCAGAGGAACCAUUCAUUGUUAGGCAGGUGCGGAAACUAGAAACCUCUCUUAUGGGCUAUUGGUUUAAACGAGGAUUGAAGCCAAUCAGUCAUAAUCUAUUGCCAGAUGCCAUGCAAUGCGUCAAAGAUCCACCACUUCAGUAGGAAAACUUUGGUCAGGUAAGAAGAAAAUACAUCAAAUGAGACAAGCGAAUCCAGAUUGACUUAGAAAAAAACACGUGAGGCAGCAAAGAAAAGCAUUGAAGGGAGCAUCCAAAGAAAAGCGUUGAAGGGAUCAUCCUUUUCCUACCAAAACAAAAAUAAAUACAAGGCUAGGAUCAAAAAAAAAUUUAACUUGGAAAUCAAAGGAGCAGCAACUUAUC